GCCGUGCCCGCUGCCGCUCCCGGGCCGUUCCCGUGCCCGCCGCGGGCGGGGCGGCGGCGGCGCUUCCUGGUGCGGGGCGGCGCGGCGGGGGCAUGGCGCUGGUCACCGUGCGGCGGGCGGGGGGGUCCGCGGAGGACAAUGUGCCCAGGCGCAGCCAGCUGCAGAGGCGGCAGAGUUUCGUCAUGGUCAAGGGAGCUGCCUUGCUGCUGCCUGCCGAGGAGCCGCUGGUGGCUGAGCCCCCCCCAGCUGCGCCCCCGGGGCGGCAGGAGCAGCACCUCCAGCUCAUGAUGCAGCUGCUGCGUCCCCAGGAUGCCAUCCGUCUGGCGGUGCGGCUAGAGUCGGUGCGGCCGCAGCGGGUGAGGUACCUGCUGGUGGUGCGGCCGGAGGAGGCAGGUGCCGAGGGGCAGACGGUGCUGCUGGGUGUGGACUUCCCACACGAGGGGUCCACCCAUUGCACCCUGGGCAUGGUGCUGCCCCUCUGGAGUGACACCCAGGUCUUCCUCGAUGGUGACGGGGGGUUCAGCGUGAUGUCUGGGGGACAGACACGAAUCUUCAAGCCCAUCUCUGUCCAGACCAUGUGGGCCGUGCUGCAGGAGCUGCACCGAGCCUGCGAGCAGGCGGCCCGCGGGGGGCACAUCCCCGGGGGCCCUGCGCUGCUCUGGGCCCGGGACUACGCAGCUGCGCUGAGCUCGGAGCAGAGCUGCCUCAACGAGUGGCUGGCCAUGGCCGACCUGGAGUCCGUGCGCCCCGGCUCCCCCCAGCCCCCGGGGCCGGCGGUGCCGGAGCUGACGGAGCAGGCGGUGCGGGCGCUGCUGCGCGACGUCCUGGCCUCCGCUGACCUGGAGAGCGUCACCUCCAAGGAGGUGCGGACGGAGCUGGAGCGGCGCACGGGGCGCAGCCUGGCCCAGCACAAGGACUUCAUCGACAACGAGAUGCUGCUGGUGCUGGCGCAGAUGGACCGGCCCUCCUGCAUCUUCCCGCACCUCUACCUGGGCUCCGAGUGGAAUGCUGCCAACCUGGAGGAGCUGCAGCAGAACCGCAUCACCCACAUCCUGAAUGUGGCACGGGAGAUCGACAACUUCUUCCCGGCACUGUUCACCUACAUGAACGUGCGGGUGUACGACGAGGAGGCGGCUGAGCUCCUGCCCCACUGGAACAAUACCUUCCUCUUCCUCUCCGAUGUCAAGGCCCGCGGGGGCCGGGCGCUGGUGCACUGCCGCAUGGGGCUGAGCCGCUCGGCAGCCACGGUGCUGGCCUACGCCAUGAAGGAGUUCGGGUGGCCCCUGGAGCGGGCACUGCGGCACGUCCGGCGCUGCCGCCCCGGCGUCCUGCCCAACCCCGGCUUCAUGCGCCAGCUCGACUUCUACCAGGGCAUCCUGAGCGCCAGCCGGCACAGCGUCCUCUGGGAGCCCCGGGCGGCAGAGCGCGUGUCCCAGCCUGAGCUGGAGGAGGCUGCGCCAGGGGACGAGGGUGCCCUGCCCAAGCUCCGAGCCCCGUCCCCGCAGCCUCCCGAGGAGGCGAGCAGGCACCCGGCGGGGCCGGGGCUGUCGGGGGCACCCCAGCGCCCCCGCAUCUCCCUCUGUGCCGUCAUGCGGAGCAUCAGCCUGAUGGAGUCCCCACAGCCCCACGAGCUGCUGGAGGAGCCCCUUGGUGGGGAGGAGCAGGCGGACCCCGGGGACUUCUACGCCAACCAGCUGGCCGUGUUCUACCGCGAGGAGGGCGCCUGGCGGGCGGUGCUGGGGAGCUCCGAGGCCGUGGACUGGAGCCGAGCCUUCCAGAUGCAGGGGAUGCAGGACGGGGUGCACGAGGCCGUGUGCGAGGCGGCCGUGGCCAAGGGGCUGCGGAUGAAGACUUUCCGGUACCGAGCGAUGCUGAGCCCUGAGCCGCCCCGGCCCCGCGUGCAGAUCCCAGCGGGGCUGCGCCUGGCGCCGCUGUCCCCGUCCCACGUCCCACUGCUCAACGCCACGUGGAGCUUUGGGGGCACGGGGCGCAGCCGCCGGUUCCUAGAGGGGCUGGUGUGGGCACUGCCCAGCGCCUGCGUGCUGGACCCCCGCGGGCGCCCGCUCUCCUGGAGCCUGGUGGACCCCCUGGGCUGCCUGAGCCACGGCUACACCGUGCCCGCCUGGCGUGGCCGCGGGCUCAGCGGGCUGGUGCUGGCCGCGCUGGGCCAGGGGCUGCACGCCCGUGGCUUCCCCGUGUACUGCGGCGUGCUGCCCUGCAACACGCCCUCCCUGCGCGCCCUGCGCGCUACCGGCUUCCUGCCCCAGCCCGGCACCCUCUACAUGCUGCUCAGCACCCCCGAGUAGUGCCCAGGGGGGCGUAAUGGGGGUGUCACCACCGGGCCAAGGGGGGGGGGGCUUCCACCCGAAUUCUGGCCCCCGGCGAGCUCCCUGUCACAUGCACCACCACAACCCCAGGGGGAUUCCGGUGCAGCUGCCCCCUGUUCACUCUGGUCCCUACUGAUGGCGUGUGCUGGCUCCUUGCCUGCCCCCCCCCCCCCCGGUGCGGUGUGGGCUGGGGGGGGGUGAGGGGGGCUGCGGCGGCAGCACUGGAGAAAGGCUUUUAUUUGUUAAUACAAGAAUAGAUCUUCUGCAAUAAAUACCCUAAUAAA